GAAUCCAAAGGCUAUUAUAUAUAGCCCAAUUUUUGGCUUCUCUACCAUACAUUCAUAGCUACUAAACAUGGAAAAGAGAGUGGCAAUCAUUGGGGCAGGAACGAGUGGCCUUCUUGCCUGCAAAUACACUCUUGAAAAAGGGUUUAAUCCAAUUGUCUUUGAAGCUGAGGAAGGUGUUGGAGGCCUAUGGAGGCAUACCAUAGAGUUUACAAAGCUUCAAACCACCAUUUCAACCUACCAAUUCUCUGAUUUUCUAUGGCAUUCUUUUGCGAAAGAAGAAAGCCCAAAUAGCCAGCAAGUGUUACAUUAUCUUAACUCUUAUGUUCAACGUUUUCCUCUCUUUCCUUACAUUAAGUUCAACUCAAAGGUCAUGGAGGUAGAGUAUGUAGGAGAGUCUAGUGAAGAAAUGGAGACAUGGGAAUUAUGGGGUGGUAAUGGUAGGCCCUUUUUCUCUAAGGGAACAUGGCAUAUUGCAGUUCAAGAUACCAAGACCUUCUCCAUAGAGUUUGCAGCUGGCCCAGAGGGGCCACUGGUGGGAGCUGACGGAAGGUGAAACGGAGCCGGCUUGGUGGGGUGAACUUCAACGGGAUUACAAAGAUUACUCGUUCCGUUGGUUAGGGGCUCUCGUCAUGGACUUUGUUUGGGCCCGAAAAAAAAAAAGAUGGAACCUAUCACUUGGUUCUUCACUUCCAUAGUGUGAUAAACAGGGAAGGAAAUCCCUAGAUUCAGUGCGGAGGACCACCAUCGCUGGUGUUAUUGCUGCCGCUCCUGUUGGUGGCGCGCGGGAUAAGCCUGUGGUCGAAGUCGUAGGAGGCGGUGAAGGUGGUGAGCCACUGCACGAAGCAGCAGUUUCGCCUUCGAGUUGUGGAACGGGGGACCAGCGAUUCGUCAUCUGGUAAGUAAGGAGUUGCCUGGUCUUUUCCUCAUUCAUCCUCCGUGGUUUUAAUUAAAUAAUGGGCUCAUGUAUAAGAUUAUCUGGUAUUAAUAAAUGUUGUCUUGGUCUUUGUUCUGUGGUUGUAUAUGUGUGAAGAUAUAGUGGAUAAGAUAAGUAAUUUGUUGAUGUUGUGGUAAUUAAAUUUGCAAUCCAUUUCUAAGAUUAAAAAAAUAUAUGUUCGAGGAGGCAAAGAAAAGAAGGAACAAAUACUGCAAUUAGGAGAUAUACAAGUAUGGAGAGUUAAAUUUCGUCUUAUGCAUGAUAAUUCUUGCUUGUGAAAAUGGUUAUUAUUCUGGGAAGUAAGCGGAUGGUAGGUAGGAUGAUGAAACUUAGGUUUUUUUGUUUCAUGUGAGACAUGCCAUAUAAUGGGAAUCACGAUGAAACUUGUAUAGGAGGUAUAGUAAGACGCUGAAGUACAUGUUAUUGGUUCAACUUUUUUAAUUGCUGUGAUUAUUUGGUGGAGAGGGUGUUUCACCCUUUUGUUUAUAGUUGUAGUGAGAACCCUUUUAUGCCUAGGAUGGGGUUUGGCUUGUUAGUGUUUCUAGUGAAGUUAGUUAAGAAAAUAUAUAAUUACGGAGGUUUAGUUAGGGGGUAACAUGAAACUGAAAUAUUUUAUAUAUAUAUAUAUAUAUAUAUAUAUAUAUAUAUAUAUAUAUAAUGGACAUGAAUUAGAAUUCAGUUAAAAAAUUUAUUUUUUUCAACUUAUUUCAAUUAACAUUAGUCAAUUUUUUUAAGAAUAUGUUAUUUUUCGUAAAUUUUAAACUGUCAGCUCCGUAAAAAAUUGAAAAUUUUUAUAACUAAAAUAUAAUUAAUUCUCCAUAACUUAAAGUCAGCUUUUAUAAUUUUUUUAUAACAUAUAAAUAAUAUUUUUUAAUCUCAACUAAUAUUUGAAGUCCCAAAAAAAAUUAUUUAUAUUUAGAAACCCUAAACAUCGAUUGAGUAAAUUAAUUCAUUAUUUUAAAAAGAACAUUAGUUUUCGGAAACAAGGAAACGAACAUAAGCUUUGAUCCCAACGUCAAUGUAUAUGCAUGGUUAUAUAUCAACGUAGGGAAAAAACUAAUGUCGGGUAUCGUACCUAAAAUUAAUUUAGUUGUCCCAAUUUUUUGAAAAAUAUUUUAUUAAAAUUAUAAUCUGGGCAUUGAUAAAUCCCGUUUUGACAGUUUAUCUUGUAUUGAUUUUAAGAGAUUUUAUUACCUUUUAUCCAUAUUUAUUCGAUGAAAUAGCAUGAUUUUGUGAUUGUCUCCUUAUUUGUGCUUAGAUGUGAAAAUAUGCUUUUUAGACCCUUAAUUUGAUGAUUUUUAUUCACCUUUGAUUCCACUAGAUGCCUUGAUGUGUUUGUUAGUGAUUUCAGAUUGAAAAGGUUAGGAAUGGAUCAAAGGAGUAAAGGGGAAAGCAUGCAAAGUGGAGAAAUCAUGAAAAGUCAAAGAAGUUGAACUCACCCAUGGACGCGCCCGCGCACCUUGCGAAUCACCCCAUGGAUGCGUACGCGUGUUGUGCGCGUACGCGUCGGUGUUGGUUUAUGAUUUUUUAAUAAAAACGUGGCCAACGAAUUCUCAAGGGUUGUGGGACCCAAUCUCAACCAACUUUGGCGCCAGAAAUGCUAUUUAAAGCCAAGGAUUGAAGAGCAAAGGGGGGAUUAUCUCACAUUAGUUCAUUAGGAUUAGUUUAGAAGUAGUUUCUAGAGAGAGAAGCUCUCUCUUCUCUCUAGAAUUAGGAUUAGGAUUAGGUUUAAUUCUUAGAUCUAGAUUUUAAUCUUUGCUUUCAUCUUCUUCUACUUCUAUCUUCUCAAUUCCUUGUAGUUACAUUCAUUCUUCUUCCAUUCUUUUGUUGUAAUCUCUUUUAUGUUGUUCUUAUAUUUUGUUGUAGAUCUACUUUUGUUCCUUCUACUCUCUUUCAAUUCAAUAAAGGUAAUUCAUAAUAAAUGUGUUUCUUUUAA